AUGGGGAAGCUGCUUUGGAAAACUGCUAUCCGUUUUGGCUCAUGUUCAUCAAAAAAUAAACUUUCCAAUGGGGCCAGCCCUCACCCAUCUGCUUCCUGCCCACAGCCCCAGCGAGGAGCUGAGCAGCCCUCAGCAGCAGCGGCUGAAGCAGCAUCGUCUGUGGGGCAGAAGCUGAAGAAGAAACAGCAGGAGCCAGCAAUGGAGCCCGAAGCCAAACCACGACGGCUGCGGGUGAAGAAGCCAAGUGAUCCCAGGGGUACCAAGGAGCCCCAUGGCCCAGUGCAGGGGGUGAAGAAGGUGGGGAAGAAAAAGGAGAAAGGAGAGGAGGAGGGUGAUAAGGAGCUCAGCUCCAAACCCCUCCGGGAGCCUCGGAAGAAAAAGGAGGGCUCAGCGCCUCGAUCCCAUGUGGCCAAAGGCCAAACAAAGCAGCAAGAGGUAUCUGAGGAGGAGGAGGAAGAGGAGGAGGAGGAAGAAGAUGAGAUGGAGAGUAAAGAUCCUCCCAAGAAGCUGAAGAAGAAACUGACGAAAGAGCCACCCUCAGGGGAGAAGAAGCUGAAAGCAAAGGGUGACAAAAGUGAUGCUGACAGCAAAGCCAAAUCUACCAAAAGCGCAAAGAAGGAGCCGAUAUCUGUGUUCCAUGUGAAUGGGGAGAAGAAGGAGAAGAAGAGCAAAAAGAAAGCUGCCACUGGCAGUGAUGAGGAGGAUGACUCUGAUGCCAGUACCAAACCUAUCCGAUCGGGUAAGAAGAAGAAUCCGGUGUCACUCUUCCAGACUGGUGGGGACCCUCCCAGAGAGAGAAAAACCAGGAAGAAAGCCCCUAAAGCAGCAGAGAGUGAAGAGGACGCCUUGGAGACACAGCAGAAGAACUCCAACAAGAAGGGCAAAGGGAAGAAAUCUAAGAAGAAGGAGGAGAGGCCGCUGUCACCUGUCAUCGAGGUAGACAACCUGGAGAAGUUUGUGCUGUCCCCAGCGCCACAGGGGGUGACCAUCAAGUGCCGGGUGACACGGGACAAGAGGGGUAUGGACCGGGGCCUGUACCCCACCUACUUCCUGCACCUGGAUAACGACAAAAAGGUCUUCCUGCUCGCUGGGAGGAAGCGUAAGAAGAGCAAAACCUCCAACUACCUCAUCUCCAUCGACCCCACAGACCUGUCACGGGGUGGGGAGAACUUCAUCGGGAAGCUGAGGUCCAACCUGAUGGGGACCAAGUUCACCGUGUUCGACAAUGGCUCUAACCCUGAUCGGGCCAGCGCUGAUUGGUCCAAUGUGCGGCAGGAGCUGUCGGCUGUGGUUUAUGAGACCAAUGUGCUGGGGUUCAAAGGGCCCCGGAAGAUGACAGUCAUCAUCCCUGGGAUGAACUCAGACAACGAGCGGGUGCCCAUCCGGCCCCGAAAUGACAACGACGGGCUGCUCAUGAGGUGGCAAAACAAGAACAUGGACAACAUUAUCGAGCUGCACAACAAGGCACCGGUGUGGAAUGACGAGACCCAGUCCUAUGUCCUCAACUUCCACGGCCGUGUCACCCACGCCUCCGUCAAAAACUUCCAGAUUGUGCAUGGCAGUGACCCUGAUUACAUUGUGAUGCAGUUUGGACGUGUGGCAGAUGACGCCUUCACCAUGGACUACAACUACCCGCUGUGUGCCGUGCAGGCCUUUGCCAUUGCUCUCUCCAGCUUUGAUGGGAAGCUGGCCUGCGAGUAGCUCCAUGCUGUCCUGUCCCCAUCCGCCCCCCUGGUUCCUAUGUCUGACACCACUCCAUUGGGCAGCACUCUGUCAGGCACCGUUUUGUUGGGCACUGCUUGCCUGGCUGUGGACAACUUCCCUGGGAGCUGGUUACCGGUC